ACUACGGACACUCUGGACAUGCCAAUCAGCCUACCAUGCAUAUCUUUGGACUGGGGGGAGGAAACCGGAGUACCCGGAGGAAACCCCCGCAGCACGGGGAGAACAUGCAAACUCCGCACACACAGGGCCACGGUGGGAAUUGAACCCCCGACCCUGGAGCUGUGAGGCGAACGCGCUAAACACUAAGCCACCGUGCGCCCCCUGUAAGUAUCUAUAUGCAUUAGAACGAGUGCAUUAAUAUAAACCUUGCAGCUGGAGCUACUGUCCAAAUUAUGUUUUUGCAGAACAUUAAAUCAACAUCUGACCAAUCAGAGAAUUCGACAGUGCUGUGCUCAAGUCUCAUAACGUGAAGCUUUGUUCAGCUUUUGGAAGGUUACAUGAGCCUAUGUUGUAGUUGAGGAAAAAGGACUAAGCUACUUAACCCUUUCCUUAAACCUUUGGUGGAGGUAUUCUAGAUUACACUGCAGACACAUUGAAGGUUUUCUUUGAACAUUUUCAGCAAACUUCCCAAUAACGUAUUGAGUUACACACAAGCCUGGGAUUGAGUGCAUUGGCAGGUUUCCAGUCUUUUAUCCUCUCCAUCAGAACACUGUCAGGACAGCAUUUAGCCCGAGAAAAGAACAGGAAAUGCCAAGCGUUCAUACAGUAUUGAAGAACUCACUGCAGUUCCCAUGGAUAAAUCUCCUAAACAAACAAACAAGCGAGUUGACGGUCCAAAUGGCAUCGAUCAAAGAUCUUGACGUCGGGGAGAAGUUCAGCAGCAAGCUAGAGGAAAUCCGGACUAAACUGUUGUCCCAGGCGAUGGGUGAAAUGCUGAACGAGGCUACAGUGGAGUUCUGCCAAGCGCACAAACAGUACAUGAAGUCUGUUCUGGAUACAUGCUCGAAAAAAUGCUGGGACGACGAGACCAUGUUCGAGACCAUACAGGUUUAUACGGAAGAGCUGAAACGUCAGAAUUCCGUCAUGAGGGAGAGAAGUGGAGAACGGCCAGAAAUCUUGGGAUCGAUCCAGGACAAAGAAAGCCAUAAAGAACUCCUUAUUCAGAAGAUUGAGCAGCUGAAGCAAGAGCAGGCCAAGAACAGAGAAUUGAUUCACUCACAAAACAAAGCCAACAAGGACCGGCUAAAGAACCUGAACAAAAUUAAAGAGAUCUUCCAGGAACGGCUAAGCCUCGAGAUCCGAAAAAUCCAGGGUGAGAAGCUGCAAUUCAUCUUCAGAAACAUCAACCACAAGAAUCCACAAAGUGCCUACACUUUUCUUUUAAGGAUAACUGAGGAUGGAGUGUACCAGAUUGUCUCCUGUGAUCCUCCCCUGGCACAGAUGGAUCAUCUGGAGCGUCGACUGCAGGAGACCAACAACCUCUCUGCGUUUCUGUCUAAUGUCAGGAAGGAAUUUGUCGCACUAAACAAUAUUACAAAGACUGCCUAACUCUGUACAGAUAUUAAUGAUAAGCUCAGUCCAGUACAUUUUUAACUGUUAAGAAGCUAUAAUACAGUUGGCCUUUUACUGGCAAGACUCUUCAGUAGCCUGUACUGACUUAUGCUUGUGCUUAUUUUUUUUAGCAUUGUACUUUUAACGUUCUUAUUGUUAUACGUGUGUGUGUGUGUGUGUGUAUUUUUGGACUCUCUUACAUAAUAAAACACACAAAAAAAGGUUGGGUCAUAAUGUUCUUUAUUUUAUUCCUUAUGUGCAGGGGGGGAAAAAGUGGCUAAACUGCUGAGACUGAAUUACACCGAGCAAAAGAUUUCUGACUGCUGCUUGUCACUAAUUUUUGCAAGCAUCAGGAGGAAUGUUAUAAGUACAUUUUCACACAGUUACAAAGUAUGCAGCCAAUAAACAACACGGAACUGAUAUAAAUGAACUAGAUGGAAAGUUAUAUUCAUUUAGCAAUCCCAAUGACAUCAAACAUUGUUUGCAAAUUAUUCAUGAGAUACAGAACAGUUCGCUGUUCCCACACAAUCUCAGGGGGAAAAAAGAUUGUCGGUAGUGUCUCGUACCUUUUACUUACGUUGUAAAUGGUACGUAAUACAUCUUUAAAAUGCAUUUAAUGUACAUAAUUGGAAUUUUAGGUCGAGUUUUAUGUAUUUUAUGGUACCUUUACCUAUACAGACCAUUUCCUCUGAUAGUGUAUGACUGAAAUGUGUUUAUAUAGUUGUUAUUAUUAUUGCUGUUGUUUUGGACAGCAUGGUCUUUAAUGUCAGUAGCCAGUAAGAGGAGUAUAGUAUUGAAAUUGUUGUUUUGGUAGUAUUUAUGCUUUGUUAAAGUAGAGGUCAACACCAAAAAAGAAAUUUUGUUCAAAACAUUUUUGCCUGAUCCUCAGAAUUCACACUCCAUCCAACGGG